UACAUGAAUUUCCAAGUGGUAGACCUGCCUCGGAGCUCUGCCCAAUGAGAUCCGUCAGGGGAGGCACCCGGCUCACUUUUCCACAUCACUUCACAGUUACAUUUGGCAGGCAGGCGGGCUCGCAUGCCGGAGCGCUCGCCCAGAAUUAGUGGAUGGCUUUCGAAUCUCCCUGCCUCUUAGAAGCUCCGCCGCCGCCGCUUUGGGCAUAGACCAGAGCGUCAACACACCAGCUGUACUUUUGGGCUGCGGACACCCCAGAGCCCAGCGCGCCCGCUUCGCGUCUCCGCACUAGGCUCCGCAGUUCCGAGCGGCAUGAGCGCGAUUCAGAGGCGACUACCCGGAGCUCAGGGAUCCGUGGACACUUGCCGCCCUCGGGAGCAGACCCUCAGCUCUUCCAGCCGUUUAUGAAGCCCGAGGCUUGAGUUUUUGUUUUUUUGUUUUUUUUGGUUUUUUUCCCGCAGCCCGGAACCCGACCUGAGAAAUUUCAAUGAAAAGGAAAGCCAAUGGAUCGUGGUCUUUGAAAAGCUGCCUUGACAGUCUGUUUCCUGGUCCUCUGAACACGUGGCCGAGCUGUAAGUAACCGCUCCACACUGCGUGAUGAAUUGGAUGGCUUCAGACCCGAGGCAAAAAAAAUAAUUGUCUCAUUUUCGCGCUGAUUUGCUUAACUGGUGGGACCAUGCCAGAAAGGCUAGCUGAGACGCUCGUGGACCUCUGGACUCCAUUAAUAAUAUUAUGGAUUACCCUCCCCACUUGUGUGUACAUGGCUCCGAUGAAUCAAGCUCCCACGUUAACCACUGGAUCCUCUUUGGAACUAAGCAGGCAGAGUGAAGAACUGCGAAUUUUGAACCGCUCCAAAAGAGGCUGGGUUUGGAAUCAAAUGUUUGUCCUGGAAGAAUUUUCUGGACCUGAACCGAUUCUCGUUGGCCGGUUGCACACAGACCUGGAUCCUGGGAGCAAAAAAAUCAAGUAUAUCCUCUCAGGUGAUGGAGCCGGGACAAUCUUUCAAAUAAAUGACAUAACUGGAGAUAUCCAUGCUAUAAAAAGACUUGACCGAGAAGAAAAGGCUGAGUAUACGUUAACCGCUCAGGCAGUGGACUGGGAGACAAACAAACCUCUUGAGCCUCCUUCCGAAUUUAUUAUCAAAGUUCAAGACAUCAACGACAAUGCCCCAGAAUUUCUCAAUGGACCUUAUCACGCCACGGUGCCAGAGAUGUCCAUUUUGGGUACAUCUGUCACUAAUGUAACAGCCACCGAUGCUGAUGACCCAGUUUAUGGAAACAGUGCAAAGUUGGUUUACAGUAUCUUGGAAGGACAGCCGUAUUUUUCCAUUGAGCCUGAAACAGCUAUUAUAAAAACUGCCCUUCCGAACAUGGACCGAGAAGCCAAGGAGGAGUAUCUAGUCGUAAUUCAAGCCAAAGAUAUGGGAGGACACUCUGGAGGUCUGUCUGGAACCACAACACUUACAGUGACCCUUACUGACGUUAAUGACAAUCCUCCAAAAUUUGCACAGAGUUUGUAUCACUUCUCAGUACCAGAAGAUGUGGUUCUUGGCACUGCAAUAGGAAGGGUGAAAGCUAAUGACCAGGAUAUUGGUGAAAAUGCACAAUCAUCCUAUGACAUCAUUGAUGGAGAUGGAACAGCACUAUUUGAAAUCACUUCUGAUGCCCAGGCCCAGGAUGGUGUUAUAAGACUAAGAAAGCCUCUGGACUUUGAGACCAAAAAAUCCUAUACACUGAAGGUGGAGGCAGCCAAUAUCCACAUCGACCCACGUUUCAGUGGCAGGGGACCCUUUAAGGAUACAGCCACAGUCAAAAUUGUUGUGGAGGAUGCUGAUGAGCCCCCAGUCUUCUCUUCACCAACCUACCUCCUUGAAGUUCAUGAAAAUGCUGCUUUGAAUUCUGUGAUUGGCCAAGUGACAGCACGUGACCCUGAUAUCACUUCAAGUCCAAUAAGGUUUUCCAUCGACCGUCACACUGACUUGGAGAGACAAUUCAACAUCAAUGCGGAUGAUGGGAAGAUAACCCUGGCAACUCCACUGGACAGAGAACUAAGUGUCUGGCACAACAUCACCAUUAUUGCUACUGAAAUCAGAAACCACAGCCAGAUAUCUCGAGUGCCUGUUGCUAUUAAAGUGCUGGAUGUCAAUGACAACGCCCCUGAAUUCGCAGCUGAAUAUGAGGCAUUUUUAUGUGAAAAUGGAAAGCCCGGCCAAGUCAUUCAAACAGUAAGCGCCAUGGACAAAGAUGAUCCCAAAAAUGGACAUUAUUUCUUGUACAGUCUUCUUCCAGAAAUGGUCAACAACCCAAAUUUCACCAUCAAGAAAAAUGAAGAUAACUCCUUGAGCAUUUUGGCAAAGCAUAAUGGAUUCAACCGGCAGAAGCAAGAAGUCUACCUUUUACCUAUAGUGAUCAGUGACAGUGGGAAUCCCCCUCUGAGCAGCACCAGUACCUUGACUAUCCGGGUCUGUGGCUGUAGCAAUGAUGGUGUGGUCCAGUCAUGCAAUGUUGAAGCUUAUGUCCUUCCUAUUGGACUCAGUAUGGGAGCCUUAAUUGCCAUACUAGCAUGCAUCAUUUUGCUGCUAGUCAUUGUGGUCCUGUUCGUUACCCUGAGGCGGCAUAAAAAUGAGCCAUUAAUUAUCAAAGACGAUGAAGAUGUUCGAGAAAACAUCAUCCGCUACGAUGAUGAAGGAGGCGGGGAGGAGGACACAGAGGCUUUUGACAUUGCAACUUUGCAAAAUCCAGAUGGAAUUAAUGGAUUUUUACCCCGUAAGGAUAUUAAACCAGAUUUGCAGUUUAUGCCAAGGCAAGGGCUUGCUCCAGUUCCAAAUGGUGUUGAUGUCGAUGAAUUUAUAAAUGUAAGGCUGCAUGAGGCAGAUAAUGACCCCACGGCCCCACCAUAUGACUCCAUUCAGAUUUAUGGCUAUGAAGGCCGAGGGUCUGUGGCUGGCUCCCUCAGCUCCCUGGAGUCCACCACAUCAGACUCAGACCAGAAUUUUGACUACCUCAGUGACUGGGGUCCCCGCUUUAAGAGACUGGGCGAACUCUACUCUGUUGGUGAAAGUGACAAAGAAACUUGACAGUGGAUUAUAUAAACAAUCAAUGGAACUGAGCAUUCUGUAAUAUUCUAGGGUCACUCCCCUUAGAUACAACAAAUGUGGCUAUUUGUUUUAGAGGCAAGUUUAGCACCAAUCAUCUAUAAACUCAACCACAUUUUAAUGUUGAACCAAAAAAUAAUAAAAAUAAAAAGUAUAUGUUAGGAGGUUAUAAUUCUUGUGGAGUGUGAAUUAAGUAUGUGGAGUGUCUAGAAGUCUUUGAAUAUUUGAUAUUUAACUGACUGCCUCGGUCAGAGAUUGGGAUCCUAGUUAACCAUUAGAGAAUUGUUUAAGAGGAAAAAAAACAAAAUUAAAAGGUGCUUUAUUAGAAAAAAAAUGAACCUGCAAGUAAUCUGCUGCUGAUAUGUGUCUUCUGCAAGGAUUUUUAUGAGUGCAAAUGGUUUCUUUCCCCUUCACCAAUAAGGAUCCCGUCACAAAUGAUAAAGCAAUACUUUGGUCCGCUGUACGUUAUGACUUUGUGGAGUUUGGGGAGGCCUCCUAGAUUAUAUGGUACGCGGUGACCACACGUUGUACAUAAAUGUUGGCCCCACUCACCAGAGACUGAAUAGCAUCUUUAAAUAUUGUGUCGAGCCUUAAAAAUAUUCACAUAUUCGUAAUCCAUUCCAGGGUGGGGAAUGCCAGCUGAAAGGUGGGAGGAGAGACAUGCCAUUCAAACAGGCUGUGUCUAGAAGCAGGAAGCCUGGUUCCCUCCACUUCAUCUUCUUCCACAAGGACACAGAGAUAAACUGUAUUCCACAGUGGACCACAUCAGAGACAGAUGGUUUUAUUGCUAGCGUGUGAAUUUAUUUGUUUAAUCCUCAAAAUAAAUAUUUUAUUGAUGUCCAAUAAUGCUUUUAUUUAUUAAGGUUGGUAAUCUAUAGAUUAAGGGAUUAUAUGGGGAAAACGAAAUUAUAUCCAUUAAUAAUCCUUUAGAUUGUUUUAUAUUAAUAUCUAUACAAUGAAUGUUUAAUACAUGUACAUUUUGAUGAGCUAAGUAUGGCAGGCAAUAUUAUCAAGGGGAGAGGUAAUAGUCUCUUUAGAGUAGAAAGUGAUAUUGUGACUGAUAAUGACAGGAACAGCAUUUCCCAGAGAAACUUUUGGACUGUUUUCUAUUUUCUUCAUAAUCCUAGUAUUUGGUGUUUUUACUACAAGCACAAACAUCUGAAGGUAUAUUGAUUCCUGUGAAUAUUUAAACUCUAGACUUUUAGAUACUUACAUAAUGCCCCACCCAAUAAAAAUGCUUCAAGUUGUCCUCCCCCAACUAAUUUAAAGCAGGAACUGAUUUGUACAUAAUUUUACUGCUUAUGUUUUUUACACUUCUGUCCCUGGUCAUGGUGAUGCGCAGAACGUGUUAGACUACAAAAACCGAGCAGCGCUAGAAUAUGUGAGCAUAUUUAGUUUGUAAUGCAAACCUGCCAUGUAGGAGUAGAAAAUGUAUGAUAAAACUCAAGUAUUACAUGCAGAUCAUUUUACUUUUAUACUUUGCUUUAAUGCAAUAUUGUUUAUUUACUCCAUGUGUUGUAUUCAGAGAAACUCCUGUAUUGUUUCCUACUUUGUGAAAUAUAUUUUUAUAAAUAC